AUAUAUAUAUAUAUUUGCCAGGCAGGAAAGAGAGAUGUUGGGAGGGACUGCAGUGCGAAAUCUGCAGCAGAGUGAGAGCGGAAGCUGCUUAUGAAUGAGUGUCAGUGUUUCGGCUUUGCUAGAUGCUCCUGAGGACAUUUUACAUGAAUGGCUGUGUGCUUACUGCUACCGGGAAGACAAAGAUGCUUCAUUGCUGCUGGUUUUAAGGAGACUCAUGGGCUUUUUUUUCUGUUAUCCCUCUGGUUGUUUUCAUUGACUCAUCUGCCUGAGAAACAUGCCAUUCAUAUUGUUUUUUUCUGAGUAUCAUUCAUGUAGUUGAACCUGUUUGCUGGGUAUUUUAGACAAGCUGUGAGAUUGCAUCUACUUCCUAGUUGUGAACUGAAUGUUUUAUUCCUUUGUUGCAGAAUACUGAUGGAGAAGUAGCCGUACACAUUAGACGCGGAACAAUUUUAUGGACAAAGAAUGCUUUAUGAAUUUUUUUUGCAUUAAUGCCUGAUUCAAAAUAUUUUAUGCGUGUAUUAACUAGUCAUAGCUUUCUGAAAGCAGGAAUGAUGUUGCCCAUAUUCUGCAGCUAGUAUAAAUGAACAUGGGCAAUAUAUUAAUGCUGUUGCGUAUUUCUGGUCAUGAUAAAAUGUUACUGUAUCGUUGCAUUCAGUGAUUUAUCGAGGUUUCUUUUAUGCCCUUUAAUGAAAAUGACAUCUUUAUCAACCGUUUAAAUAGAUUUAAUUCUUGAUUCAAAGACGUCUGUAUUGUGGCAGACACUGAUUAUAGCCAUCAGUGAAAUGGAUGCUAGUUUUCAUCUCUUAUUUUAUUUAUUAUCAUUUCUGUGAUUAGUUUUUGUGUGUGCGUGUCAUCGUCAUUUUUAUCGCAACUUUUAUGGCUUCACCCAUUUUGUGAGGUAUUGUGCGUAACAUGAAUUCGGUCAAAUUAUUAUGAAUGAUUAUGACCCAAAGUUAAAGAAUCAAGCUUCCUCUCCUUCUUCAUUUCCUUUUCUCGGAAAAACAAAUAAUAAGGAAUAAAUUACAGGGAAUAAAUGUCAGACUGGGGAAUUUAAAAAUUGAUUGGUUCUAGUGUGCUGUAAGUGGGAGGUUUUUUUUUUCUCCCUCCGACAGGAAGUGAUUUGCAGUGUUCAGCAAGCCUUUUGUUGAGAAGGUUUUCUCAGAUCAGUGAGUCAUGCUUUAGCUCUGAGCCGGCAGGCAGGCAGCAGUCAGUAGAGAGUAUUUGCUCUUCCCUCGCAGUAUCCGUGAUCAUCUACAACAUAGACCUUUCUCUGUUCUCUUACUUUUUUGGAUUUUUGAGAAUAGAGAAUCAGCAGCAGGAGCAGCAUCACCGCUGGAAACCAAACAAGCUGCACCACAACACUGGCAGCCUGUUAGAGACCCUUUUCUCUCCAUCCUCUUCCUCCUCUGCCUCAAUGCUGUGUUUCCAUGGAUUGUGUCUGUAUAUUUCUCACUGACGGAUUGGAUUGCAGCUCUGGAUUUCAUUGAGAGCAGAUUGGACUUUGGCGACAGCAGCAGCAGCAGCAGCAGCAGCAGCAGCUCAACACAACCACCACUGUAACCUCAAUAGAGAAAAUUACAGUCAGGUGGCCUGUGAUUGCUAAAAGGCGUUUGCUGCCUGUACCGCUGCUGCUAUGUUACAGGAGAGGGUAAUCAGCACGGCUCAGCCACGUCUGCCAGCACACUUGUGAAAGAGGCAGGCUGUGCGUGUCGGUUGGUGGAGAGAGGGGAGAGAGCAAGAGAGAGAAGGGUAUGCUUCACCGUACCAAAUACAACCGCUUCAGGAAUGAGUCAGUAACAUCCGUCGAUGAGCUUCUCCACGGCUUGUCCAUGAACCCCAAGGUCUCGGCGACCCCCCAGUCUGCAGCCGAGACAUCUUACACACCCCCGACUGAGGUCCAUUCCUCCUCCACCACCACUGGUUCCAGCACCCCCACCAGCCACGGCUCUGACCACCUGGAAGAUGGAGGCACCACCCUCUGUACCCUCAUCAACAAGGUGUCCAGCCUGAAAUUCAGCAACUCGGGCAGCUUGCUGGGCAUUAAAGGUCUGCCCUCGGCUGUCAAGGACCUGGCUGUGUCUAAGCUGCAGGUGGGUGGGGGAUCGGGCUCAGGCAGCUCCAGUGGUCCAAACCCCAGUGCAACAGCAACAGCUGCAGCGGCAACAGCAGCCUCUGGUGUGGGCGGCUCUCUGUGCAGCUCGGCCUCCCAUUCAACCCCCUGCUCGCAGCUGGAGUCAGCCGUCAGCAUGAGCAAGAAGAGCAGGCUGGACGAUCUCCAGCCCGGCAGAGUGGACUGGAAUCCAGGUGGAGGUGGUGGACUGGUGAGCAAACCCUCCAGAGGUUGGCUACACUCAAGCGAGAAGAUCUCUGGUCCAGGAGUGACAUACAUUGUAAAGUAUCUAGGCUGCAUAGAAGUGCUUCGAUCGAUGAGGUCACUGGAUUUCACCACAAGAUCACAAAUUACAAGGGAAGCCAUCAGCCUGGUGUGUGAGGCUGUUCCAGGGACCAAAGGAGCUCUGCGGAAGAGAAAGCCACCGUCCAAAGCUCUGUCCAGUAUCCUCGGGAAGAGCAACUUACAGUUUGCUGGCAUGUCCAUAAAUUUAAAUAUCUCCACCAGUAGCCUCAACCUGAUGACCCCCGAUGGCAAACAGAUCAUAGCCAACCAUCACAUGCAGUCCAUCUCCUUUGCAUCAGGUGGUGACCCUGACACAACAGAUUUUGUUGCCUAUGUAGCAAAGGACCCCGUCAACAGAAGAGCAUGUCACAUCCUGGAGUGCUCCGAUGGAUUGGCCCAGGACGUCAUCAGCACCAUCGGUCAGGCCUUUGACCUUCGCUUCCAGCAGUACCUGCAGUGUCCCUCAAGCAAACUGUCCUCCACACAUGACAGGGUAUUAAACAUGGAGGAGUUACAGUGGACUGAGGAAGAGGAGGAGUCAGUAGAACAUCCUUACUAUAACAACAUCCCUGGCAAGAUGCCACCCCCUGGAGGCUUCAUUGACACCCGAUUGACCAAUCAGAACGCAGCAUCAGAUGGUUGUCAGAUGGGCCCAGGUUCAGUAGAUCAGACAUAUUACCAGGGGCGGCACUGUGGAGAAAACUGGGGCGAUGAAAGAAAGCCCAUAUUCAUACAACAGGGAUCAUUUGAUAUAAGCAGCAUGCCUGAGAGUAAAGGUCAGGCACCAAAAACAGGAGAUAUGCCUGCAUAUGUGAACACUCAGCAGAUCGACGCCCAGGUGCUCGCAGCACUGCAGGCAGAGGCGGAAAAUGUGACAAAGGGUAUGGCAGCUGCAGCCAAAGAGAGCCCACAGAAGGACCUGUUUGACAUGAAGCCCUUCGAGGAUGCCAUUCAGUCGCAGUCUCAUCCGCCGUCCCAAGGGCAAGCCCAGUCCCAGGCUUCUGGUCUUCACAAGGCAGCAUCCGUGGACAACUCGAGCCCUCUUCUUGUCCGCUCGCUGGCUUUCCGGGCACAGGAGGAGCUGGAGGGCCAGACGUGGUACCAUGGUAAAAUGAGCCGCCGUGAUGCUGAAAAACUGCUGAAAGACGAUGGGGACUUCCUGGUUCGUAAGAGCACUACCAACCCAGGGUCCUACGUACUGACAGGCAUGCACAAUGGACUUGCCAAACACCUACUGCUGGUGGACCCUGAGGGCACGGUACGGACAAAAGAUCAUGUAUUUGACAGCAUUAGCCAUCUUAUUGGCCAUCACCGUGACAACAAUCUGCCGAUUGUGUCAGCUGGGAGUGAACUGUGUCUCCUACAGCCCGUUGGAAGGAAACAGUGAUGCUUGUAAUGCCUGAUGGGAAAUAGGAAGCUCUGGACAGUCUCUCCUACAGUACCAUCCUGAAACUUGAAGAUGAAACAUGAAGAGAAAAUGCUUAAAGGCUCCAUGCGCUGACAGUGUUCUGGGGAAAUUGGCCCGUUGUUACUUUACUGGAGGCACUGGAAGACGCAAGAUUUGUUUAAGAUAAAAAAAAAAUAUUUAUAGAACUGUUAUUAUUUUGUUGUGAUGACUGAAAUGCUAUAUUUUUGAGAAGACAUAGGUGCAUUUGGACAUAAUAUCUUGAUUUGGUGUUUUAAAAGAUGAAAAAAAGAAAAGAAAAAAAGACAAUUGUUCUUGUAGUUUAGAUGAAGUGCAAAUCAAACCUCAAAGAGGUGUUAACAAGAGUAUUUUAGAAUAAAAACCUGAAAUUUUAGUUUUGUCUGUCAAGCACAACCACAUUUCUACAGGUACCGUUGGCUAAGAGGUCGAGGAAACAAAAACAGUUUGGACAACAAAUGCUGUUUAUAAUGAAAUAAUUUAGGAAAAAUGUCCUUUAAUCUCACCAAUAGCGUGACAGCUCACUCAAUUAGUCACUAUAUUAAAUCUGCUUUUAUUGGGGAUUAGAACUGAAUGUUUUUUUGCUUUGCAGUAGUCACAAAGUGUUGGGGUGCAAACAGACAUCCUCCAUAGUGCUGUCAAUGGCUUUAAAGAUAAACUUUUUUUUUAUGAAGUAUUUUCUUGUGUCACUGCAGUCGCAUGACUUGAAAUCAAUUGUUCUUGUGGACAUUGUUCGUAGACCUUGAUGCCCCUUUAUUUGAAAGAAGUGCUUGUGUAUGCUGACACUGUAAAAUAUUUAUGCUUUUCAACCAGUGAUAAUUUCUGAAUUGGUUUCCUCCCGGAUUCUUCUUUUCGGUGUGUAGUCAAUGAUUAGUUUUGGGGCUUGAGUCAUGCAAUGGAUAUUCUCACAUUAUUAAUUUACAUUUUCGUUUACUUUUUUUUUUGUUGCUGUUGUUGUUUGUUUUUGUUUUUUGAGAACUUUUAAAAAUUAUCAUUUGAAUAAAUCACAUUUGAAUCACAAAUGAAUAGCACAAUCAGAAAGUUAGAUCAGUUAGAUCAUCUGUGUCAGUUGUACCAAGACAAAUUACUAAUGUGUUGAGGCUUAAUUUACACUUUUGACUUAGGAGCCCGAAUUAGAUAAACGUUGAGUCCACACAAUGUGCACUCAGUACCGAAUGUUUAAUAUUAGAUCACCUUCACUUAUUGAUGCGUGUGAAAAUCUUAUGGCAAUACUACUUUAUUGCCACUAGAUGUCAUCACAGAAAUGCUUGUUUACCCCUCUCAGUCACACUCACUUUUCACAAUUCUCUACAGUCCAGUGGAAAAUCCAACUCUAAGAAGAAAGUUAGGGUUAGGGGGAAGAAAGUUUUCAACCAUUAUUGCUUGACAGGUCAGAGUUCAUUUGCACUUUGCAGUCCACUGUACACAAUCGUUCCUCAGAACAGUUUACUGCAUUUCGGUUGUACGGACAGUUUUUGUAGAGUGGGAAUCAAAAUUUUGAAAUGGCUUAUAGAAAUAGUACACAGCAGUUUUGGCAACAGACUUUUUAAAUGCUCUCAUCCUUACUAUUGUCAGUCCUCCGAUGGAUACCAAAUGAAUGGGGCAUUGUAUUUGAUAUGCACUGGACCACUUCAGUUGAACCAAAAUCAGCAUGUGUUCAAUGAGUUUGACAA